GGAAGGAAGGAGAGAAAAGAAAGUCUGAAUGAUGAAGAAAAUUGUUUCGAGCUUUAGAAAAAAAGACUUCUAGGCAGAAGGACAAGCAAGUAUAAAAGCUCUGAGUCAAAAAUAACCUUGGUGAGUUCAAGGAACAGAAAGAAAUCAAGUAUGACUAGAGCGUAUUUUCUCUUGCAAAUACUGCUUCAGUGAGUGUCUCUGUACAUAAAAAUAUAUUUUACAUAUUUUUCUAAAUACUUCUGGUAGUAGAACUGAGGGAUGAAAUAGUAUGUGCAUUGUAAGUUUUGAUAGCUAUGGAGUGGGGCCUCUUUUAUCCCUUAUCCUUUCUCCUGAAACCUCUUCUUGCUUUUCCUGGCUCUGAAGACCUUGGAUUAUCUAGAGCUUUGUAGGGAGUGGGCUGUGACAUGAGGCACAGUGAGUGAAAGGAAUUCUUUUUGGAAAAGAAUGUGCCAGGAACUGUGAAUGUUUGAGAGACUUUGGUCUAAUAAGAAGAAAAUCCAUCAGUGGAACAUAUGCAUAUAUGGUAUAUAUUGAGUUAUGUGAUAAAAUAUUUGACUCUCCGAAAUGCAGUGCUCUCCAUUAGCCUUUUAAUGAAAUCUUUUCAAUGCAGAAAUUAGCAACAUUUCUCCGCUAAGAAAUAUAAAAUUUGGAGUUUUUUGGUUACGGUUGGAUAUGAAUGAGGCAGUAUUACAAAUGAUUCCUGGUUUGACACUAUUGAAUUCAAUUUACAAAAAUUGUGAUUUAAUUAAAGAUGUAUUAUGAAAAAAGUGCCAUUAACUAAAGUCCAUCAAGAACCGUUGCUAUAAUAUGGCUUUUGCAGAGGAAGAUAAGAAGGGUAUCUCCAAUUUAACAAAUCACCCUGAGAAUGGGUCUUUUUUUUUUUUUUUUAUGUUUUAUUUUUGUUUGAGACAGAGACAGAGCAUGAUCUGGGGAGGGGCAGAGAGAGAGGGAGACACAGAAUCCAAAGCAGGCUUCAGGCUCUGAACUGUCAGCACAGAGCCUGAUGCAGAGCUCCAACCCACAAACUGUGAGGUGAUGACUUGAGCUGAAGUUGGAUGCUUAACCACUGAGCCACCCAGACGCCCUCAGGGCAUCUCCUAUUUAAAAUAAAUUUUUAAAAAUCCUGGUACAAUAUAUUGGUACAUUGGUGAAACCCGUUUUUAAAUAAAAUGCCUCUUUACCUAAAAGGCAUUGUUUUAAUUUUAAAGGAGAGAUGUCAGAGUCACUUAUAAAUUUUUAGGCAGAUUAGAAAUUUUAGACUGGUCAAAGAGCAAAUUUUGGUUCAUGAGGUGUUUUACUGCUGAGUAAACAAGGAGAGUCAAGUCACAUUUCAGAUGAUAGAGAUGUUUAUUUAAAUUUUUUCAUUCUUUGUUUUUUUGAUAGGGUAAAGGUAGGAAAUUUUGGGAGAAGAAUGCAGAUUCCCAUCUACCUAGAGAGAAAAGGGGCUAAUCCAAAAGUAAAUGAGGAACUUAGAAAAAGAUUGCUAACUCCAGAUCAACAUAUUUAGAGAAAAUUGGAAAAGGAGAAGCUUACGACAGCUUUAUUUGAGGACUUUUUAAAGAACGCAGAAUUCUAGCUGUGAGCUUCAAAUCUUGGAGCAAAAACCAGAGACAUUGCCAGAGCAAACAAGAAUAGAAGUACAAAUGGAGGACUGGUCAAAAGAGAUAGCCCAUAGUUACCUUGAACAAGAGACUACAGGGAGAAACAAAAGUACAGAGCCAGAUGAGCAACCAACUGUGAAUUCUAAGGAAAGCAUGCAUCAGAAAUCCAGUGAAUUGGUUAAUGAAGCCACCUAUGAGGACACAGAACUGCCAGGGCAGAGAUCAAGGAAUUUUCCUUAUCCAGGUGAUGAGACAGCUGACUGCACUAUUGAAAAAUCCAACAUUAUGGAACAUAGAGAUCAUGAUUUGCAUUGUGAGUGUACGAUCCCUUGUCAAGUUACUUCAGACUUAGAUAAAGAGAAGACAAUAGCAUUUCUUCUAAAAGAAUUGGACAUUCUCAGAGCAAGCAAUAAAAAGCUUCAAGAAAAACUGACUAAAGAAGAUAAGGAACAUAGAAAACUAAAGCUUAGGCUGGAACUCCAGGAGAAAGCAACAGAAGCUCAUAUUGCUGAGAAGACAGCAGCUCUGGUUGAAGAAGUGUAUUUUGCACAGAGGGAACGUGAUGAAGCUAUUAUGUCUCGACUGCAGUUAGCCAAUGAGGAGAGAGAUGAAGCAAUUGCACGAGUGAAGCAUAUGGAAAUGUCUCUAAAAGUGCUAGAAAAUAUUAACCCUGAAGAAAAUGACAUGACAUUACAGGAAUUACUGAACAGAAUAAACAAUGCAGACACAGGGAUAGCUAUUCAGAAGAAUGGAGCUGUAAUUGUGGAUAGAAUCUACAAGACCAAGGAAUGUAAAAAGAGAAUAACAGCAGAAGAAAUGAAUGCAGUGAUAGAAGAACGGGAUGCUGCUUUGUCUCAGUGCAAACGGCUAGAGCAGGAGCUUCAUCAUCUGAAAGAGCAGAACCAGACUUCAGCAAACAACAUGAGACAUCUGACUGCUGAAAACAAUCAAGAACGUGCUCUGAAGGCAAAGUUGUUAGCUAUGCAAGAAGCCAGAGAAACUGCAAUUCAACAGUACAAAAGACUAGAGGAAGAAAUACAAACACUUCGUGUUUACUACAGCUUACAUAAAUCUUUAUCCCAAGAAGAAAGUCUGAAGGAUCAGUUUAACCAUACCCUUGGUACUUAUGAAGAAGCUUUAAAAAAUAGAGAAAACAUUGUUUCCAUCACUCAACAGCAGAAUGAGGAACUGGCUAUCCAACUGCAGCAAGCUCUGACAGAUCGAGCAAACAUGGAAUUAGAGCUUCAGCAUGCCAUGGAGGCCUCCCAAGCGGCCAAUGACAAAGUUCAGAAGCUGGAAAGGCUGGUGGACGUCCUGAGGAAGAAGGUUGGAACAGGGACCAUGAGGACAGUGAUCUGACUGAAAAAAACGACAGUCUGGGGAAGCAAUCACAUCUGGUGACCAGGCUGCUUCAUUCAACACUGUGUAAACACUAAAGCCUUAACUUAGCAAACAGUUGUUAGAAGUGGGACACUCCAACCACAUUCCAAGCUGAGAUAAAAUCAGAUCACAAAUGUUUAACCACUUUGCUGCUGACUUAUUUAUCCAAAUGUAUUAACUACAGACUUUUACCAAUGAGUAGCUAUAAAGUUGUAGCUUAUUUUGUAACUAUUUUAUAUCACUCUAUUUGAUAUAAAUCUUUUUACUGAGAGGCCAUUAUAGGUCAUAUCUUCACAUACGGCCCUUUCUGAAUCAAAAUGCAGCAAAGUAAAUAUUGUCUAAACCUUAAUCCAUUGUGUUAGGUCAGAACUUCAAAUACGUGCAUUUUUCAAUAUAGAGUUUAUUUCUUAACUGAUGAGAGCAGCUCAGACAUGAGAAUGUAUAGUCUUCCUCCAAUGCAUACACAUGAUCUUUGUUAAUAUUAAAGAAUCUUAAAUAUAAAUACCAAGAAUUAAAUGUAUAAUUUGCUCCAAUAGUUUGGUACAUUAAAAUUACAUUAAUCAAGGAAUGAUUUUUGUUUCACUACAAAUAAUACAAACUGUUUUCAAUAAAAAAGAGGAUAUUGUU